AUUUCGGGUAAAUGGAAUGGUAGUAUGCCGACAGACAUUCUUACUAUUGUAUUGUCUUUCUGUAGACAAACUUAAGGCUCUCCAAAAACAUGUUCGUGAAAAGGGUGUUGUGCCGAGAGUCCACGGCAAUACUGGAAGAAAACCCGCUCAUGCCAUUUCAUAUGACGAUGUCCUGUGCGUCGUUCGAUUUAUACAGAAUACGUCUAAUGAAAGGGGUAUUCCUCAGCCUGCUGCUCCGCGAGGCAUUGACAAUUUCCCUCUUGUUUACCUGUCUGCGGAAACAACCAAAUUGGCCCUGCACGAAGAAUACUCUACAACAUGCACAAAUCAACAGGUGCGUGCUCUUCGACUGACGGCCUUCAAAGAUGUGUGGCGUACUUGUUUGCCACAUGUGCGCAUCGCCUCACCAAGAGACGAUGUAUGCGCAACGUGCGAGAAAAUGCGCCAUGGCGUUAUGGAUGCAAUAACGGAAGAGGAAAAGCUGUUGGCAGUCGACGCAUUGAAAACGCAUAUUCUACAAGCGCAAAGGGAAAGGGAAGUGUACAAUGAAUGCCUGCGUAAGAGUUCGGAAGAAAAUUUUGUCCACUUCACCUUUGACUUCAGUCAAAGUGUGACUAUGUUCCACCAUGCACGCCAGAUGUGACCGCUGUUCUUCUACAGCUUGCGGAAGGUCCAUAUAUUUGGAGUACGGAUAGAUGGCCAAAGGAAACAGACCAAUUUUCUGGUUGAUGAGGACCAGACCAUAGGACAGGACGGCAGCCAGGCUCAUGGACUGGAUUCAGUUAUUUCUAUGCUAGACUGGGUAAUGUCAAAUUAUGAAACGGAAAACGACGUUUGCUCCAUCCAUGCAGAUAACUGUCCAGAUGCGUGAUUUAUUUGAUAAUGUAACACUAUGGAAGUUUGAGGAUUUUACUUAUUUAUUAAUUCAUAUAAUAUUUACUACACGGUUGUAAUAGUAUAUUUGUCAUUUUGCUUUAUUAUGGAGUCACUUUGUUUUCCGAUGCAGUUAAUGCAGUUUUCUUUUAAUAAUUCAAAUGUAAAAUCGACCUUAUACAGCCAUCCAAAGUCAUUUUACUCAGUAAAGCGGGCAGGCCAUUCUAUGUAGGAUCGUCCUGUAUAUUUUUAGAUAGCAUUAACGUGACAGGCAUAGUUUAAACGGCGUUCAAUGCAUGUGCGUAAAGUGUCGUCCGAGGUUAGCCAGUGCAGUCUGCGCAGGCUAAUCAAGAAUGACACUUUCCGCUUUUAUGAUAUUUUUACAUUUAAAGAAAGUCUUUUUUGAGCAAAAAUCCAGUUUAGGCGGAAGUGUUGUCCCUGAUUAGCCUGUGUGGACUUCACAGGCUAAUCUUGGACGAUACUUCAGCAUAUUCUCAUCUAUCCUUUA